AUGAAAAGUGUCAAUAGUUUGGAAAGAUCAAUCGGAGAACAAGCUGUACUUUUAGAAGAUGAUGUCCAUUCGUCUGAGGUAUAUUUACAACCUUCACGACGCAGUCAAUAUGGACUCGAUUGGUUCAAUUUUUUCUUAUCCGAUGUUCUCAAUGGUGUUGAUUCAUUUUUGUCUGCCUAUCUGACCGGCAAAGGUUGGGGACCACAGCGUAUUGGUUUCGCUCUGAGUGCUUCGAGUUUUACUACUAUGAUAUCACAACUUCCAAUGGGUGCAGUGGUCGAUAGUGUUCAUAAUAAGAAAGUACUGAUCACUGUUGGUGUCAUAGUUAUUCCUAUUACUGCACUAAUAUUUGCCUUCUGGCCAAUAUUUUGGCUGGUUGUUCUUGGUCAAAUUAUGUUAGGUAUUGUGGAACCUUUAUUUUGCCCAGCUAUUUCGGCAAUCUCUCUUGGUCUUGUCGGACGUCCAUCUCUUGGCACACGUAUCGGUCGUAAUCAAGCAUUUAGUGCCGCAGGUAAUGUAGUGUCAGCGGUGAUUAUGGGAUUACUCGGUUAUUAUGUUUCCACUCAAUCGAUUUUUUUCUUUGUUAUUGGUGUUUCUAUUCCAACUCUUAUUGCUCUUUUCUGCAUUCGUCAAAGUGAAAUUAAUUAUGAACGCAGUCGUGCAGCAGGAAAAGUAGAAACUGGCAUGAGUGUGAUUGGUUUUAAAGAAUUAUUAUUAUUAAUUAUUCGUGAUCGACGUCUUUUAAUUAUAUUUUCUUGUGUGAUCUUAUUUCAUUUUGGUAAUGCCUCGAUGCUUCCAACGAUGGUUCAAGUAUUAGCACGAGAUCGUUCACCAGGUGCAUCGUCUCUCUUUAUGUCAGCAUGUGUAGUCGUCACUCAACUAGUUAGCGCAUUAUUAGCUGCAUGGGUUGGUCGUCUAGCAGACAUUUGGGGUCGUAAACCGUUAUUACUUAUUGGCUGGGCAGUCGUGCCCUUGCGUGGAAUGGUCUGUUUACUAACACAUAAUCCAAUACUUUUGAUUACUGCAGAAAUUCUCGAUGGUAUUGCCGCUGCUACCUAUGCUGUGGUUAUUGUCUUAGUGAUUGCUGAUUUAGCACAUGGCACUGGUCGUUUUAAUCUUCUACUCGGUGCACUUGCUGUUUGCUCUGGAAUUGGUUAUACAUUGAGCAAUUCGGUGAAUGGAACUAUUGCCCAACAUUACGGUUUUCAAUAUGGAUUCAUGGCACUAUCUACUUUUGGCACAGUUGCCUUUCUUUUAUUAUGUUUUGCUAUGCCAGAAACAUUAAUUCCUAAAAUUCCUCGAUAA